AUGUCUUGGAUCGUGUUUGCGCCAUGGAUCUUCCCAGCGGCAUUGAUGGCGUUCCUUUACAGUUAUAUCCUGUAUCCCUUUUUCUUUAGCCCCUUGUCACGUAUCCCAGGUCCCAGGUUUUACGCCUUUACCAAGUGGCGACUUGCAUGGGACGACUGGACUGGCCAGCGGACACGCAAGAUCCAUGCCCUACAUCUAAAGUACGGACCAGUGGUACGCAUCGGGCCGAAAGAAGUGCAUUUCAACUCCCUCUCGGCAUUACGCACCAUUUAUGGUGCAGGAAGUGGGUUCGAGCGCACUGAGUUCUAUCGGAUGUUCGAUACAUAUGGGAGGAAGAACAUGUUUACGUUCGCAAGCGGGGUAGAGCAUUCACGGAGAAAGCGAUUGGUGGCUCGCCCGUAUUCAAAAAGUGGCCUUGCACAGUACAAAGUUGAAGAAAUCGUGGGAAUGAAGACUAAAGACUUUUUGAGACUGGUGAAAACGGAUGGCACCCGUAGAGGCGGCUUGGAGAUCUUCUCGGCGCUUCACUACUACUCAAUCGAUAUCAUCACCACGUUUUUGUAUGGGACUCCAUGCUUUGGCGCGACCACCGCUCUCAAAGGGACACCAGAACAUGUCAAAUUACUGGACGAUAUCAUGAACCAUACACGCCGGCGACUAUCCUGGUUUGCAGUCCAUCUACCCUCACUCACGAAAUGGAUGUACACUCGAACGGGGGUAGUUGAGACCGCUAUUCGGCCUUUCCUACCCAUGGCCAAGCCUGCAACUUACUCCGGCAUCCGGGCGCAUGCACUAAGAUCGAUGCACGCCUACCGCGAUGCGGGCGAAAUCUCGCGCGCCGAAGCGAAAAAGUCAAUCAUCAGUGAGCUAUAUAUUUCACAGUCGAAAUCCAACAGUGACAUGGAUGACCUGGAUAUUGCCAGUGAAUGCGCAGACCACCUCCUUGCUGGCAUCGACACGACUAGCGAUACACUAAUGUUCCUCAUUUGGAGUCUAUCCCUGCCUCGGAAUGCACAUGUGCAGCAAAAGUUGAUUGAAGAGUGCAAAUCCAUACCCAAAGGUGGCGUCACUGAUGGUAGCGUGGACAUAAGGGUUGCGGAUAGCAUGCCGUACCUGAAUGCAGUUGUCAAGGAAACGCUACGUCUUUUUGCCCCACUGCCCUCAUCCGAGCCAAGACUGAAUAGAGCAGACACGGUAGUUGACGGUUACGAUAUCCCGCGGGGUACAGUAUGCAGUAUGGCCCCUUAUUCAUUACAUCGGAAUGAAAGUGUGUUCCCUGACUCGACCACUUGGAGGCCGGAACGAUGGUCGGAUGCGGGUAAAAGCGAACUAGCGGAGAUGGAGAAAUGGUUCUGGGCGUUCUCGAGUGGAGCUCGUAUGUGCGUCGGCAUGCACCUCGCCAUGGCGGAGAUGGCUUUAGUGCCGUCACUGUACCGGAAAUACGGGUCGAGGGUGGUUCCGGGACAAGAAAACAUGGCGCCGGGUAUCACCUCUAGGUUUGAAGUAUUUGCCGAUGACACAUUCCCGGAGAUGAAGGAGCACACGUGCUGGGUGGAGUUCACUCCUCAUUAA